AAUGUCAUUUUAUUAAGUUUACCCAUCAAAGAAAUUUUUUAAUUUCAUCAGUUUGCCUUUUGCUCAAUUACUUCGCAGUGGAAGACGCUUCAUUGAGUUGAGGCUGAGCUUCUGAUCAGGCAUGACGUCCGCGACACACCAGCCCGUUGUUCCUCGCAACUUCAGACUCCUGGAGGAGCUAGAAGCAGGACAGAAGGGUGUUGGUGAUGGCACCAUCAGCUGGGGCCUUGAAGACGACUCCGACAUGAGCCUCAGCCACUGGACAGGCAUGAUCAUCGGUCCUCCUCGUACCAAUUUUGAGAACCGCAUGUACUCGCUCAAAAUUCAAUGUGGACCCAAUUAUCCAGAUCAACCUCCUAGUAUUUCUUUUGUCAAUCGAAUCAACAUGCAAGGAGUUAACAGUCAAACUGGAGUUGUGGAUAAGCGGCAAGUUUGUGUUUUGUUACGAUGGCAGAGGUCGUACACCAUUAAGACCGUCCUACACGAGCUCAGGAGACUAAUGACUCAGAAAGAGAACAUGAAACUUGCUCAGCCUCCUGAGGGAACCUUUUAUUAGCGUUAGCGUAGUUGAUGACAAGUGGCCAUUUUACCGGGAAACGUACAUAUGUGGCGUCUGCUAGCUGUUCAUUCAUGAAUUUGUAAUUGCUUGAAUGCAAGGAGGAUCCUUCAUUUGGUAAUAAAAUACACCAAUUUCAUAUCACCUGAGAAUGUCGAACAACCUUAAAAACUUCAAGUUGUCACCAUACGUCAAUGCAAAUCCUGUGCGUAAUCUAAAUGAUGAAAAUAGAGCAUCUGGUAUACCUACCUCAAUUCCCGUGCAAACCUGUCGCGCAUAUCAUUUCUAGCCAAGUCAAAUGGUCACACUCUUGGUAGAUUCUCUAUCUUGACUGAUGCAAUAAGUGUCGAGGAAAGGUUGACAACACAAUUUUCCAUCAAUAAUAAAUGCUUCGAAAUAUAUUACUGUUCAAAUCAUGGGGUAUACGAUUAUAUUUAUUGUGAGGGGGGGGGGUUCUUGAACUGACACUUGGGCCGUUUGUUAGCCAACACCUUUGGCAAUCGCUUUUUGCUAAAAUGCGAGUCAGCUAUUCUAGCAAAUUUUUUUUUUGUUGCUAGAAUGAGAAUCAGCUAUUGUUCAAGAGCUUCGUGGUUUGUCUGGACGUCAGGCAAUGGGCUCAGAACCACCCGAUUUGUUCCGCAGUAUAGGCAAUCAACUGUCACUACCGUAAAACGUCCACGGGAUAAGUAUCCUCUAUGCAUCGCUUAAAAUUUGUACGAUCAAAAGAACGUUAUUCACAGUCUAGCGAUUCUCUUUUCGAUAUAUCAUACCAUUAUUUUUAAUCUAUCCCAGGACUUGGUACGUUGCAUGUAUUUCUGCUUCAAUUUAUUGAAAACCGCUCGAGUUGCUAAUUUGGAAUACAAUGCAGUCCAAAGUAAAUUGCGUGCAUAAUUUACUACGACCCAGUUAUUCAUCCGAUGUGUUUGCAUGUGGAGCGUAACUUGUUCAGUAAAAGUUUUCAAGACUCAAA